GCACGCUAAGGGGUGUAGGCUUGAGCAGGCCCCUCGCAUGCACGCGCAUGACGUCAGUUGACGAGACAGCGGUCCAGCGAGUUUAGAUCUCUUCCAUUUACAAAGCCGUUUAUAAUCAAUCUUUUCCACACAAUUAACGCUAAGUGAACGAAAUACAUCAUGAAAACUUUUGUUGUGUUGGUGUUGUUUGGUCUGGCUCUUCUGGGGCUUGGCUCUGCACUUCAGUGUUACACAUGUGAUGCCUCAGGAGCCUGUGAUAAACCUCAGUCUUGCAUAUCUGAAGAUUCAUGUCUGUCACUCACUGGAUACGGAGGUUUCAAAGCCAAGCAAUGCAUUAAGUACGCAGAUUGCGAUCUGGUGAAACUCGGCCUAAAAUUCCCUGGUGUUCCCAGCAUUACAUUCAGUUGCUGUACCUCUAACCUGUGUAAUGCAGCCUCGGUGUCAGUUGCCAGCCACUCUGUGCUGGGAAUACUGCUCUCACUUGCACUCUUCUGGUGGUGUGUUCUCUAAAUUGCAAUGUUCACAAAUAGAACCCCAUAAUUUGCACUGUUCCUCCUUUCAAGGACAUCUCAAACGUUCAUAUGCACUUUGCUCAGACAAAUGAACAAGUAUGGGGGGGGGGGGGACUAUUUGUUGGCUACCAAUAAACCUACAAGUUUCUUGAGAAAACAUUCAUAUAAAAGUACUAACGUUUUCUGUUCUCAUUUACAAUUUGACAAUUUAUCACUUUUUUUAGGAUUUUUUUUUUUUUUUGUUUUGUUUUUUUUUUUUGCAAAUCACUAUUCACAGUAUAAUACUAUCUCAAAUUUUUAAUUAAUUUUUUCCCAUUCUGGAAGAAGUGUAUGUAUAUACACCUCGUAUUAUCACAGCAUCUUUUAUCAAGUGUUUGCUCUAGUCUAAUGUACUGGAAUUACUGAAGUAUAGAUGGAAUGUUAUGUACUUAUCUACUAAAAUGAAUGUAUUAUUUUGGAUGUAGAACACACUUGUGGACUGCUUUUUUCAGUAUUUGUGAUGAGAGCAAUUAGAAGUGGCUUUAAUAUGAAAUACAAUAUUGCCAAAGCAUUGAGUUAUUCAAAGCAAACGUGGCUAUAAAUUCAUUCUCACUCAUUUGACUUGAUAAUUCUGAGAUUGUAGAACUGCCAAAAUAAAUAAAGGAUGGGAAUCAAA